AUGGCAAGUGGAUUACGUUUUAAAGAUAAAGUAGCUAUUAUAACUGGUGGAUGUAGUGGUAUUGGUAAAGGAUGCGUCGAUGUAUUUGUCGAAAAUGGCGGAACAGUGGUCGUGUUUGAUAUAAACGAUAAAGUUGGCAAUACACUUAGGUUACCAGGACCUGGAAAUGUUUCAUAUAUACACUGUGAUGUUACUAACGAAGAAGAAAUAAAGAAAAGUAUUGACUGGACUGUUGAGAAGCACAGUAAAAUUGAUUGCCUUAUCAACGACGUUGGAAUGCAUCAUGGCAGUCAUCUGAUUGACGAGUUAACUGUUGAUAGUUUCCGGCAAAUCCUCAAUGUUUACGUCGUGAGCAUGUUUGCAAUGUGUAAGGAAAUUUAUGAUAAUGAUGAUGAUAGUGGUUGUGAUGAUGAUACUGGUAGUGAGGAUGACGAUGGUUGUGCUGAUAAUAACGAUGGUGUUGUUGAUGUUGAAAAUGGUGGUGAUAGUGAUAGUAGGGGUUGUGAUGGUAGUAGUGGUGAUGAUAAUUGUAAUGUUAAUGCUGAUUAUGAUGGUGCUGUCGAUACUGCUGGCGGUUGUGCUGAUG